AUGGAAAAUGAAAAUGAUAUUCGCGAGCAAAUCGCCAAAAGUCUCUCGCAUACCCCUUUUGAAUGCUCCUCUUUAACCGCGCUGUCCGGUGGCGUCUCCAAUUUCGUUUAUCGAGGUGCUCUCUCCUCGGCAACUGCGAGUACUGUCGUAGUUAAGCACACAAAAGACUACCUGGCUUCCAAUGUGAACUUCAGACUGGAUGCGGCGCGAUGUGAGUUCGAAGCAGCUACCCUUCAAGCUCUUGAGGGCUUAUCGCCCUACUCGGAGGACAAACUCACCGUGAAACCGCCUCUUCUGCUUCACUUUGAUCGCAAAACAAAUACACAGGUCUUAGAGGAUCUUCCGGAUUCUAUUGACUUGAAGCAUUAUCUUCUCUCGGAAACCUCAAAUGAUGUGUCAGAGUCGACAGCAAAAUCCCUCGGUCGCACCCUUGGAGGCUGGCUACGGUCGUUCCAUAGUUGGGCAGACAAGGCAGAGCAAGCGGAGUUGAAAUCCGUGCUUGGAAAGCAUCAAGUGAUGAAAGACUUGAAGUUUUACAUCAACUACACGAUGUUGAUGGACACGGUUGAGAAUUUCCCGGGACUUUUGGAGGAGAGUCGCGGUGUGUUUGAGGAAGUUGGCGAUUCUGCAGCGGCAGAGUUGACAAGAGAAGACCAUGAUGACGGAUAUGGAAUUAUCCACGGUGAUUUCUGGACAGGAAAGUAUGUUUGGACUGGCGGGGUUGAUCCAGUCUUGUUGUAUUUGAUGGAGGAAACUAACGUGAUAUACAGUGUUUUGAUCCCCAAUGUUCAUCUUACUGGGAAGUCUGAGACGACGUUGUUCGUCGUUGACUGGGAAAUGUCGCACAUUGGCAGCCGAGCUUUGGAUCUCGGCCAGAUGAUUGCGGAGCUUUACGAAACAAAGCUGUUCAGGAAUGUCGACGCCGGAGUGUGGGUCAUUAAGGGACUCCUUGAGGGAUACGGGAGUUUGAGUGAUGAGAUUGGGUUUAGGACUGCCAUCCACGUCGGUGCUCAUCUUGUUUGCUGGGGUAGUCGAGUCCCUGGAUGGGGUAGCCCCCAGCAGGUUGAGGAUGUUGUGAAGGUAGGCAGAGAUCUUAUUGUCCACGGCUGGAGGAAAGACAGAACUUGGUUCGAAGGGGAUACUUUGAGUUGUUUAUUUACUCGUUGGGGAUAA